UGAGGAGAUGAAGAUCUGGAGCUCGGAGCACGUGUUCGGCCACCCAUGGGACACGGUCAUCAAGGCAGCCAUGCGGAAGUACCCGAACCCCAUGAACCCUUGUGUGGUGGGUGUGGACGUGCUGGAGCGCGGUGUGGAUGGAAGCGGGCGCCUGCACAGCUUGCGCCUGCUCAGCACUGAGUGGGGGUUGCCCAUGCUCGCACGAGCGAUUUUGGGAACCAGUAGGACUUCGACAUACGUCGAAGAGCGCUCUGUUGUGGACCCUGCAGAAAAGAAAAUGGAGCUUUGUUCCACCAAUAUCACACUCACAAAUCUGGUGUCAGUGAACGAGAGGUUGGUGUAUACCCCUCAUCCUGAGAACCCUGAAAAGACUGUGCUUACCCAGGAAGCCAUCAUCACAGUGAAGGGGAUCAGCCUUGGGAGCUACCUGGAAAGUCUAGUGGCCAACACGAUAUCAUGCAAUGCAAGGAAGGGGUGGGCUGCCAUUGAAUGGAUAAUUGAACACUCUGAGAGUGCUGUCAGCUAACAGAUGUGCACCUGUGCCUUGGGAACACACGAUACCUCAUCAGAAUUCUACAAAAGGACAAGA